AGCUAAGGCAUUAGAGAGUGCACAGAGAGGCAAUUUUAUGAAACAAAAUAAGGCCAGCGUGGUGGGAUCGAGCCGCGGCGAAUAUUAAAAGAAGGUGCGCACUCGGUUAUCAGGCGUGCAUGUGCGUUCAUUGAGUAAAGAGCCGAGCGUGACGAAGCGAGAUCGCAAGAUGCUGGUCCAGAGUAAGGGGCACCACCUGUCCUCCGCCGCCACUUUCGCUGCCGCUCAACACCCCGUCAAGGACGGAUCUCUGGGCCCUCAGGUGACCAUCUCUGCAAGCAAUCACAAAAGCAAUGAACCUGCAAAGUCUGCUCCAGUCUGUGGAUUAUCCAUUUAUGCUUUAAGACAAGCACUGGCUGCCUCUGGACCCGUGGUGGCCACCAUCAGCUCUGGCAUGACCUCAGGCUUCUCCGCCGUCCUGCUGCCCCAACUAAAGGCUGCUGACUCUGAAUUGCCCAUCACAGAAGAUGACAUGUCCUGGAUCGCCAGCAUGGCUGCCCUUCCGAUGGCCUUGGGCUGUCUGGCCGGUGGCUUCGGGAUGGAGCGGCUCGGCCGAAAGCGGACCAACCUUCUCCUCUGUAUCCCAUUCAUCGCCGGCUGGCUGCUGCUCGCCACCGCUCAAAACGUCGCUCUUCUUCUGGUCGCCAGGUUUCUCACAGGUCUAGCUGUGGGUAUUUUGGGCCCCGUGGGCCUCAUCUACAUCGGCGAGACGUCGGCGCCGCAGUACCGCGGCGUGCUGCUCGCGGCCGUGUCGCUGGCCGUGUCGACCGGCAUUCUCUUGUCGCAUCUGCUCGGCGCCCUGCUCCACUGGCGACUCGCCGCCGCCCUUUGCACCCUUGCCCCUCUCAUCGCACUGAUUUUGGUUUUGGUGUGUCCGGAAUCGCCGGCAUGGCUGGCGUCGCACGGUCGGCCGACCGAGGCGCAGGAUUCCUUCCGCUGGCUGCGGGGCGCGGACCCCGAGGCCGCCGCCGAGCUGCAGACCCUGAUGCACAAGCAGCAGCAACGCCCUGGCGAAGACUGCGGGUCGAAGGGGCGGCUGACGCGCGCAUCCUUCGUCAAACCGUUCAUCCUGAUGAACAUAUUCUUCGUGAUCCAGCAGUUCAGCGGCGUGAACGCGGUCGCCUUCUACACGGUGGACAUCUUCCAGCAGACCCUGGGCAGCGGCGGCGUGGACAAGUACGUGGCCAUGGGCGUGCUGGACAUUGCCCGGCUAGUCAUGUCGCUGGUGACGUGCGUGCUGCUGCGGCGCCUCGGCCGGCGUCCGCUGGCGCUCGUGUCGGCGGCCGGCACCGGCGGCUGCCUCCUCAUCCUGGCCAGCCUCCUCCGCUUCGGCUCCAGCGCCGAUUUGCGCUGGACGCCGGUGGGCCUGCUCGUCGGCUACAUGUGCUUCGUGUCCAUCGGCCUGGUGCCCCUGCCCUGGGUCAUGACCGGGGAGGUGUUCCCGGCGGCUGUCAGGGGCAUCGGUAGUGGCGCCACCUCGUGUCUCGGCUUCCUCGUCUUCUUCGCCGUCGUCAAAUCCGGUCCGGCCAUGUUCGCCACCCUCGGCAGCGACGGCACCUUCGCCAUUUACGGACUGGUCGCCGCCUUCGGUGGGGUGUACCUCUAUUUCUUCUGUCCGGAGACCAAGAACAAGACUCUUCAGGAAAUCGAGGAUGCUUUCGAGAGGAAGCCGGCUGUCUCAACCAAAGUGUGAAAACUAAAAGCUCUCUGUGUUUUAUUUAACUUAUUUUGGGCUGUUAAAUUCCGACGGAUUUUUUAAUUUUAGUAUUUUUAAAUAUUUUUGAAUGAAAUUCCGUGCACAUCAGGGUGGUCCCUGAGUGCCCUGAUGGCUUCCAAAGACUCAAAUUGCGAAAUAAUUUAAAAAUAUCGAUCACUCAGGGGCUACCCGGACUCCAGGGUUCAAUAUCUCACCUGUUGGGAUGAUCUUUCCUGACCUCGGGAUGCCCUCCAGCAUGUUUUGAUGUUGAAAAUCAAUUAAUUGUGAAAUUUUGAUUUUCUCUAAAUUCCCACAAACUCAGAAAUACCUGUUUUCCAACCUUUUUGAGCCUCUAUAAUAUGUAUCUCGAAAACAGCACGUUUCACCACCCUGAAAAUUUCUAGGCAUGAUACUUAGAGCAACAUUUUUUCCGGAAGUAAAAAAAUAAUUAAAUCGGCUGUUUUUGAGAAAUUCAAAAUUAAUUAUAAAAUCGAAAAAUUGUAUUUUUAAAAUUACAAUAUUGUUAAAAUAUAAAAGUUUUAGGCUGUUUAAAUGUACAUCUUUUGGCAUGAAAUUCAAUGUUCUAGCUUCAUUAGACCUCGAGAUAAUCUCAAUUUUAUGCUCCGAUAGGCUGAUUUUACUAGAUUUUUCGGGAAAACAGCAUCUCAAUUUUCGGUCAGGGUUAUUUCGACUCACCUAUUGCACCUUAAAAAUAUACUAAAAAUCAAAACGAUGUUAAACAAAGAUUUAAUUUAAAAAGAAUCAAAACCGUCUAAAUUUCACAGCUGCAUUAAUUUAUAUACUUGUCAUUUUUUAGCAAUUAAUACUCUUCGUUUAGUGCUAGUGAUUUCAUAUGUACUCAUUUCAUAUUACUAUAACUCCAUUUUACAUAAUUUCACCACAAUUUCAUUGUACUUAAUUAUUUUAAAUAUAUAAAACGAGAAAAUUCAACGA